AUGCCGCCUGUUAAUCAUCAUAUCUGCGUAGUACUCAUCAUGAAAUCCGCCCCCAGUUGUCCUAUGCUACUAUGGACAAAUCAACAUAAGAAAAUCACUCUGUUUUGUUAUCGACAAUCCGCGACUGGGAGUUCCACAUUCAAGCAAGGGAACCAUAUUAAGGCCUCCUCUUCCGGUGGAUGUUGCCGGGGAAUCAAGAAUUGCUUGGUCAUGGGAUCGAUCGCCUCCAAGACUCAGCAGCAACCCAACCCCGACCACCAUCGUCAGCCAUCCUCGGCCCAUUUGGAGCAGCAGGUGGUGGAGCUUGAAAGGGAAGCACAGAAGCAGAUAGAACUCCGAAUAAUGUACAGGAAGAAGAUGGAGAGGACACAAGAAUAUCUGAGAUACAUUCUUCAGAUUGCGCAAGACAAUGGGUUCUUGAAUCUUAUACUCAAUAGGGAUCCUCCACAACAAUACUUUCUCUCCCCCGAUAUGGUCAACGGCAACACAAGUCCGAAUAUGGCCACCCCACCUCAUAUACCAACUCAAGUGAACCAGAAAUAUCCGAAUCUAAUAUCCCUCAUUGAUCAAGCCAAGAUCAAUGGAUGGUACAUCGAACCCCUUGAGAUUGAAUUGCAAGAGAAGAUUGGUCAAGGAAGUACAGCAGAAAUCUACAGAGCAAUCUGGAGAGGCCUUGAUGUUGCAGUGAAGUGCCUAAACACUGAUUUUUUCACCUCAACCGAAAAUGGCGUCUCAUUUUUCGCUCAAGAGCUCGAGACCUUAUCGAAGCAGCGCCAUCGUUUUGUGCUGCAACUAAUGGGCGCAUGCCUCGACCCACCAAAUUACGGAUGGAUUGUUACGGAAUUAUUGGGUAUGACAUUGAAGGACUGGCUGCACGGACCAGGAAAACGGCAGAAGGAGAGAGUUGUUCCACUUCCUCCAUUAAAGGAAAGAAUUGCAAAGGCAUUGGAGAUUGCUCAAGCAAUGCAGUAUCUCCAUGAACAGAAACCAAAGGUCGUUCAUCGCGACUUGAAGCCUAGUAACAUAUUUUUGGAUGAUUCCCUGCAUGUUAGAGUAGCAGAUUUUGGCCAUGCCAGGUUCUUGACCGAUGAUGAGAAGGCACUUACCGGCGAAACAGGAACAUAUGUGUACAUGGCGCCAGAGGUGAUUUGUUGCGAGCCUUAUGGUGAAAAAUGUGAUGUAUACAGUUUUUCUAUUAUACUCAAUGAGCUCAUAACCGGUGAAUAUCCGUAUAUCGAGACUGAUUUCGGUCCGGCCAAGAUUGCCAUGGAAGUUGGAGAGGGUAAGCUUAGGCCUGCACUUCCUAAGGAUCAUGAAGGCAAUCUGGGCGAGCUCAUUGAUCUCAUCAGCAUCUCAUGGGAUCAAGAUGCUUCAAUUAGACCAUCAUUUGCAACUGUCACUUGUAGCCUCAGAAAGAUUCAACAGAGACUCAAGCAAACUGCAGGUUCGCUACACGAUACCCCUUUUUUCAAUCGUGGGAACCUCUCCGGAGUGAAUUUUGGGUCCCGUGCACUAUACCUUUCGAAAAUUUCGUCUUGGGUCGUCCUUCUGAACGUCACAAGCAAAAUCCAGAUGAAGACCGUGAAGUUCAUUGAAGCUCUUGCUAUAUUCUUGCUUUCUGAAUGUGCUUUAAUGGUGUACCGUGGCCAAUGGUGGGAUUUUCAACGAUGUUGCUGCGAUAGUACCAACUGGAUAUGA